UCUAUGUAUUACCUGUGGAGAGCAGCAAUAGGCUUAGAUGUGUGUAACCAGCCUCGGAUUUCAGUAGAGGAAGAACGCGGAGACGUCACAUUGGAGAGAUGCAACCAGCAGUAGCUGCUUCACCACUAAUCACACAACAUUAACAUAACUAGCUAGUACAAGCUAACGUAGCCUGCUACAUAAUUCGCCUGUGAAAUAUCAUACAUCCGGAAUUGCAAAUCUGCAAGAAACAAACGAAAUAUCCAUAAACGGUGGUAAACGGAAAGCAACAUAACGGCCGUACACAGUUAUCGUGGCUUCUUCUUGCAUCCAACUGGCAGGCUAUUUUGGCAAGCUAGCGAAGCCAACGAUAGCAAACUCUGCCUUGGCUAGCGUCAGGCUAGCUAGCUAGCUAGCUACUAACGUCGCUAACGGUAGUAACGUUAAGCUAGCUAGCGAGCUGUUGUGACUUGCGUCAUGGAUGAACUAGUCGUGGAAGUGAGGGGAACAAGUGGGGCCUUUUAUAAGGCCUUUGUGAAGGAUGUUCACGAAGGAUCCGUCAACGUGGCAUUUGAAAACAAUUGGCAGCCAGAGCGUCAAAUCCCAUUCCAGGAUGUUCGUUUUCCUCCCCCAACAGGACUCUGCAAGGAGAUAAAUGAGAGUGAUGAAGUCGAGGUAUAUUCCAGGGCUAAUGACAAGGAGCCAUGUGGAUGGUGGCUGGCCAAGGUUCGCAUGGUCAAAGGAGAGUUUUACGUAAUAGAGUACGCUGCAUGCGACGCUACAUUAAAUGAGAUAGUGACGCUGGAGCGGUUACGGCCGGUCAACCCCAAUAAACCAGCCACCAAAACCACCUUCAUCAAGAUCCGACUGGAUGUACCCGAGGAUCUCCGACAGAUGUGCUCCAAGGAAUCAGCACACAAAGACUUUAAAAAGGCAGUGGGAGCUUUCAAUGUCACCUACGACUCAGAGAAAAAGCAGCUGGUCAUUUUGUCUGUGAAUGAGGUCACAACAAAGCGGGCCAAUAUGAUGAGCGACAUGCACUUCAGGAGCCUCCGCACCAAACUGUCACUCAUGCUGAGGAACGAAGAGGCCAACAGACAACUGGAGAGUUCCAGGCAGCUGGCGUCGCGGUUUCACGAACAGUUUGUGGUUCGGGAUGAUCUAAUGGGUCUGGCCAUCGGGACCCACGGGGCCAACAUUCAGCAAGCACGCAAAGUCCCGGGAGUCACUAACAUAGACCUGGACGAGGAGACGUGCACCUUUCACAUAUACGGAGAGGACCAGGACGCUGUCCGCAUAGCGAGGAGUUUCCUGGAGUUCUCUGAAGAUGUCAUCAAAGUUCCCCGGAACUUAGUAGGGAAGGUGAUUGGCAAAAACGGCAAACUGAUCCAGGAAGUGGUUGAUAAGUCUGGGGUGGUUCGGGUUCGCAUUGAGCCUGAGAAUGACAAAAAGCCCUCAGCAGUCGCAGCGGCAGCAGCAGACGAUGGACUGGUGCCAUUUGUAUUUGUGGGGACCAAGGAAAGCAUCUCCAAUGCUACAGUACUGCUGGACUAUCACCUCAACUACCUGAAGGAGGUGGAUCAGCUUCGUCUGGAGCGUCUCCAGAUCGACGAGCAGCUGAGACAGAUAGGAGGGGGAGGAGGAGGGACGGGGCCCCGAACCCUCAAAGACAAAACCUACGUGUUCGACAAUGGCAUGGGCCUGGGCAUGGGGAGAGGAGCAGGAGGGGGUGGAGGAGGAGGAGGGAAGCCCUACGGAGGAGGGGGAGGAAGAGGUGGCCGAGGGCGAAGAGGAGGAGGAGGCGGCACAGCUUUCGCCUCAGGCACCAACUCGGAGGCAUCUAACGCUUCAGAGACGGAGUCGGACCACAAAGACGAGCUCAGCGAUUGGUCGCUGGCCCCCACCGAGGAGCUGAUGACAGGAGGCGGGACCCUGCCGAGACGGACAGAUGGGAGGAGGAGAGCAGGCGGAGGAGGGAUGCGUGGACGAGGGGGGAGAGGAAGAGGAGGAGGAGGAGGGGGGUAUAAAGGUGAUGACAUGCAGUGGAGCGAGCCAAGACCUCGGCAUGUCAGAGAUCCCAAGACAAGAGCGCAGGAAGACACUCUACAGAUCCGUGUGGACGGUAACGAGCGCAGCGUGCAGCACUCCUCGGGGGGGCGAGGAGGAGGGCCUUCCUCAUCCCAGGGCGGCGUCGGUGCCGGCGGUGAGGGCCCAUCUCGCCAUUACCAUCCAAGACCCAUCAGAGACCGAGGGAUGAAGAAGGACAAACAGGACGCUCCUCUGCUGGUGAACGGAGUGUCGUAGAUACACCACUGGAGGACCGUCUCACUUCGACACAGACACACACACACACACACACACACACACACACACACGCACACAGGCAACUCGUCAUAAACAUCGUAGAAUCUCUCUCGCUUUUUCUUUCUCUGUCUUUGUCAAACACACGAAUACACAUAUUUCAUCAGCAUGGAAGAGUUUACUUUAGUGAAGUCGUAGACCAGAGACGAUCUGGUAUCUGCUGGUCUGCUCUGUUGAGGUAUGUCUAGUGUACUGGUCUGGUUUGUUCCUGACUCUUCGGGGAUCUCCUGUUCUUUUCUGGAGUGACAAAUAAAAGAAACCGUACUUUUUGGACAUUAAGGAAAAGAAGAGGAGGGAUUUGACUAUAGCUCAUCUCUCACAGAAGCAUUAACCCCAAACAUGCUCCCCUACACAUCAAAGGCAAAUCAUUGUUUACUCGUUUUUUUAAACUAAAUUGGAUGAUUUCAUUUUUUUCCCUACUGCCCUGUUUGGAUUUUCUCACACCAGAACAAAUCAAGGGAAUAAUUGGUUGACAUGGACACACUGCAAUAUGAAAUAUGUGUUCCCUCCCUCCUGCUGUACACUUUAAACAUAUUUUUUACUGCAGAUGUUUAUUGUAGAGAUGAUCUGACAGCACAAUUUUAGAGGGUUGGCUGCAGUGUUUCCCACUGGUUGAGAAUUCAGUUUUGGUGGUCUAAAAGCUCCAAAAUCCAAGACUUGGGAGUCCGCUGCAACACAGCAUCGCACUUAUAAUACAACUAUACUGUGUAGAGGAGUCAUUUAGCGUCUUUCAGGUGCAUCUCUGCAGAGACUUUUGAAACUUCCUUCUAUAAUACAAAAUCUUUUUUUCACAUAUGAGAAAAAAACGCAGAGCUUUCAUGCUGGGAGAAUAUGUUUGAAGAGGGUACUUUUUUUUUGUUUUGGGAUAGUCAUUUGAACCCUGGUCCCCAUUUUGACAAGUCAAAACCUGCCUUUGGGAUCGGCGCAGUGGAGAGGAGUUCAAAGUGUCCACGUGUUCGGAUGAAAUGCAAACAGGCAUGCACGGGCAACGCAAUUGCCAAGAAUGCUUACCUCGUCGUUUUAAGUCAUCUGUGUUCCGUUUCCUCUUGCUAAGAUGAUGCAAAAUUCAUUCAGUCUCUUGGGACUGUCAGACCAAGCACGAAUUCAACAAGGUAUUAGACGUACCGAUGGGGAAACAUAAAUCUGAGGCACUCUGAUGCAAAUGUUAAAUAGCUUAGCUCCUAAGAGUCUUCAACAGGGUACAACAUGUCAUGCACUGCUGUUAUUUUUCAAAUGAACUAUGUGUUGAAAUGGAAAAAUGACCAGGCCAACAGUGACUGGGAAUCCACAUUAAAAGCAAGACACAAGCUUUUAACGUGGAGCUCGCGUCUGUAGUAAGCGCUGCCGAAGCGUUCAGUCCAUUCGGUCCGCACCGCUCCGUUCGGCCAUCUUUAAGCUCCGAACCAUCGGUCUGUCAGCAGCAGCUUCUGAGAUGAUGUAAAGGACAGCUACCGGCCAAACUGUCUUUACAACUGUCCAUUGUUCCCAGCAGCAUUGGCCGAUCGACGAUUCUCCCAAUGCUCCUUUAUCUCAUAGACCUGUUUACACGUCCUGUACCAGACUGGUGAGAGCCUUUUCAACCUCAACAGUGGGAUAUUUCACAGAGAGGGCUUAGGCUGUAAGCCAGACUUCCUUUGCUUAGUUCCUCACUCACAUUUAACAAAUCACUCUCUGAGGAUGUCGGUGAAAUAAUUACAGUUACUUUUGCUUUCAGACAAACCUGGUUAGGUUGAUUAAGGCGGCAACAUCGUGAAUGUAGAACCUGAUCACAUGAGCUUUUCUUUAAUUUAUGAAAACCUUUGUAUUUAACCUUUUUUUUUGUUUCGCAGUUAGAAAACCUGUUUUAAGUAUUACUGUAGAAGAAACGACGUUUCGUUGAUACCUUGACAAAAUAAAAAUUUGCUGUAAGUUUUAUUCUUCCUGGUUUUCCAACUUAUUCUGGGCCCGCCCCUCUGACUUAAACAUUUUUGUGUAUUACUCUUAUUUAAUUUUUGUUAUUUCCAUUUUGUAAAUUGUACGGAGGAGAGAAUCUGGAUUCUAACUUUGAUACAACAAAUUGUAAUCUUCCUAUACCGCAAAAUCUGGUCUUGUUUCGCAACCAUGAAGGGUGCAACGCAUUUUUUUCAUGCAUGAUUUGAAUUGUGCAUUCCAACUUCUUGCUUUUUAAAAUGCAGGACUGCACAUGCCACCGGACAGAUUUAAAGCCUCAGUGAAAGUGCUCUAAGCUAAGAACACAAAUUCUGGUUUAAUUGAAGCAAGAUAUUCAUCCACAAGUCCAGUUAUCUAAGCCUCCUUUGUGAAAUCCCCGUUCUGGAUAAAGAGCAAAGGGUGUCGGGUCAGUGUUCUGCCACUCCUCUAGCUCAUAAUGAGGCUUCUUUUAAUCUUAGUGCCUUGAAUUUAUGAUCCUCAAUUUCUGUGAAUUUGGCCCAUUCUGAGAAGCACCGGAAUAUUUUUUUAUACGGUCUGUUAAACCCAGUGUAACACCCCUUCUGUUUUUUUGUUUUUUUUUUAGGGUUUCUUGCAUGUUUCAAACUAUUUCAGGGAGGCACACUGGUGUAAGAUGGCCUCUACAGUUUCUGGCCAUUCAUUUUGUCCCAUAACAUAACAGUUUCCUUUUAUCUUUGCUUCAAACUUGUCUGGCUCAUGCUCAAAUUCUGUGACACACCGAUGCACACUAAAAAAGAAAAAGGAAAAAAAAAAGUCAUGUCAUCAAAUAGAUGACUUUAUUUAGACAGUGCAGGUGAACAAAACAAUGGGUUAACGUUCUCAUCUCAGGCUCUCAUCUUGAGGUGCUCCAACCUGCUGUUCGCUUGACACCUCAGUUACUGACUUCAUAAACGUUUUGCGUGGAAAUAUCCUUGUGGUGGCAUCAUCAUCAUCAUCAAAAUAAAUAGAGAAUAAUGUAGGUGGCAGGAAGGCCUUUAAAGUUCAUGUACAUUCUUAGUUGCCCCAAAUUGUACCCUAAAUUCAAACUGACCGCAGUAACUUAGAUGGGCUAAUGUUAAACGCAUUUGUGGAUUUAUGAUUGAAGGGACAUUGAUAAUAGCAUUAGUUUGAAUUGAGAAAAAGAAGAAGAAAGUCACUGUAAAAUAAAAAACAAAGCAAAAAAGUUUCUUUGUACAUCUGCAGGCUUUUUCGACAUUUCAUGAAAAUACUGUGUUGCAUCAUAAAACUAUCUCCUUGCUUUAACAACUGUUAGCAUAGCACAGCAUUUGGACCAGCAGAUUAGCUGUGAUCUUUAGCUUUAGUGUUGCUAUGUGCAAAUGUUGAGUAAUCAAGUUCUUAACAAGUAAAAUCUACUCUUUUAGUUGGUCUUUUAGCCUAGGACUUUUUCAGGAAUAACCUUGUAAAGUUAGCCUUCAAAUUUAGCUUCCGUCUUUGCGGUGCUCUUAAAUGUUUCAUUUAUUUGCAUUCUUACUAAAAAUUAGAUGAGAAUAUUGACACCAAGCUAGAGCCAGAAGGCUAUUAGCUUAGCUUAGCUUAAGACUGGAAACGGGGAAACGGCUAGCCAGGCUCUGUCCAAAAUCCGCCUACCAGCACUUUCUAAAGCUCACUAAUUAACAUGUCAAAUCUUGUUUGUUUAAUCUGUACUGUGGAAUGUAAAAACUAAAUUUGUGGUUUUAUGGCGUGCAAGCGGUGCAGUUGUCGACGAGACACAAUGGCUUUUUGGCCAGCUGAUUUUCCUCCGUUUCCAGUAUUCAUGCCACGCUAAGCUAACUGGCUGCUGGUUCCAGUAUCGCACUUUACAGAUAGACAUGAAAGUGGAAUUGAUCAUCUCAUCUAACUCUAGGCAAAAAAGUGAACACUGUUAAACUCUUCCUUUAAAAAAUAGCGUUCAUUAGGACCUUCAGUAAGCAUAACAUAACUUUACAAUAGGUCGGAUCCACUUUUAGUCAGGCAGACACAAAACAAAAUAGCCAUUGUGCCCCAUCUUCAACAGAUGCUUAAAAUCUUGUGGUAAAGAUUGGUUAGAUUUAUACACAAUAUGGGCUGGCUUAUGGGGGGGGGACUGCGAAUGCUCAGAGAAACCGCAUCAUGUUUUGAGUGACAUGUGCCUUUUAAUUGUGGCUAGUAUCACAACCUAGACAUGCAAAUCAGGGAUAGUGAGACGUUGAUAAUGGACCAGAUGUGUAAAGAUGGCUACCACUUGCCGUGACAUCAUUGAUUCACCCUGAGUCGUCGUUGGCCAAGCAGAGUAUUUCUGACCUUCUUUUUAACUCAAAGGGUGCGUCCAGGAAACUCCUGGCUUUAACCACCUGGUCCUUUUUUAAACACUGAAGGUGUUGUGUCCUUGUACAGUCGACAAACAUAAGCCCAUGGCUUAUGACCUGGUUCAAAUGAGCUAUGAAAUGGAUUCAGUUACUUUUGUAGACCGGUUCACUUCAUGACCGUUGAGUGGCUACGUUGGCACCUUUUGGAUCUGUUCCAAAAAGUCAAAGGCUAGGUCCCAGGUCCUUAAAUUGCAUCCACGUUUCCAUUACUUGCUUCCCCCUUCCUCGCAUCUUAGUCCGUCCCACCGAGGAAGCACGGGAGAGACGGGAGGAAAUCAUGCGAGGAGAGAGGAAACGAGGACAUUUGUUUUUUCGAGGGAUGAGAUGUCCUUUCCUUCCAGUUAAAGGCAGCUUUUGUGUAAUCCUCGCUCAUAGCUCCUCGGAGAUCCCUCCUCGAUCCUAGCUUUCGUGACGGCCUUUAAGAAGGCGGACCAGAACGACUUCCAGUUCAAGCGAGGUGCGUUACGAUAUCAAAUAAGAGACUUGGGAUCCACCCAAAGACCGCUAUCUCUCCAUUCAAAUGCCCUUUUUUAAAAUGGUCUCUUGAGAUGCAAAAUGGUGUGACCCAGUGUAACCUCCCUAUCUCUCUUUCCUUCUCGGAAAGUAACUGAAAAGAUUUCAGAGGUUGAGCCAGGUCUCAUCUUUUACCGGGGAUCAGUUUACCUUUUUAGUCUUGUGAUGCAUGUACAGUACAUCUUUAUUCUGGAUUUUGGCAGACUUUCUGUAGGUUCCAACACAUGUUUUAAAAAAAAAAAAAAA